AUGAUUAUACCGAAGAGGUCUAUACUGAGCUUCGAUAGGCGAAAAAAGCAAAUUCUUCUACUGCUAGUGUGUGCAUAUACUCUGAUUGUAUUCCAUUUCAAUAAUAAGAAGUUUGAUUUGCGAUUUAAAACUAGCGCGACUCUUCCCACCUCCUCACACAGCUCUGGGAUCAACCUGAAAAAGUAUAAAGCAGAUCGCAGGAAUCUCAGGGACCUGCGUGCCCAGCUAUCUUACGCAUUCCCCUAUGAGCCAGAAAAGCCGAUACCCAGACGAGUGUGGCAAACAUGGAAAGUUGGAGCAGAUUCAGCAGAAUUUCCGGCAGAAUUUCGAACCUUCCAAAAAGAUUGGACAGCAAGCAUAGAAGAGGCAGAACUUUUUCAGUAUUCGUUAGUGCCUGACUCGUAUGUGCUACCAUUUUUGCAGAGCCUCUAUGGAGAAGUUCCUGUAAUCAUUGAGGCAUUUGAAGCCAUGCCAAGCCAUAUAUUGAAAGCGGAUUUUCUUAGGUAUUUAUUGAUAUAUGCAAGAGGUGGUAUUUAUUCAGACAUUGACACGGUUCCGCUGAAACCCCUGGACUCGUGGUUAUCAGUUAAUCCAACAAGUCUGCAAAAUUUUGAAUCAGAAAACACGCCGGUGCCAUACUCUAACUAUGCCAAGUCAUUCAAAAAAGUGGAUCCCGGUUUUAUCGUCGGCAUUGAAGCGGAUCCUGACAGACCGGAUUGGAAAAGAUGGUAUGCUCGUCGAAUUCAAUUCUGUCAGUGGACAUUUCAGGCCAAACCGGGACAUCCAAUUCUCCGAGAAUUAAUUUUAAAUAUUACUGCUACAACUUUGAACAGUGUUUCCUCCUGUAGCAAAAAAUUCAAAAAAUCAAUUGACUUAGAGCAUUCAAGGGAUUAUAAUGUAAAUUACAGGGAUAAGCGCGGUCAAGAUGAGUCUUAUGAUCACGACGCCUUGAAAGUUAGCGAAAACGUUGAUGGGACCGAUAUUAUGAAUUGGACGGGUCCAGGAAUAUUCUCGGAUAUCAUCUUGAAUUAUAUGAGCAAUAUAAUCAACAACAAUGAUGAUAUUAUGUUGUUGAAUUCAAAUUUACAGUCGAGUCGUCGUACAAAUGAGUCCACAAAAAAAUUCUAUAAGAAGAUUACAGAAUCGUUACAGACACAUAAUAAAAUGCCAUGGGAGUUCUUUUCACUGAUUGAAGAUCCAGUUUUAGUCGAUGACAUCUUGGUAUUACCGAUAACGAGUUUUUCCCCUGGUGUUGAACAAAUGGAGUCGAAACCAACCUCAGACGAAAUGGCAUAUGUCGAACAUAUGUUCAAAGGUACUUGGAAAGAUGAGGCAGACAACAAUCAGCAGAAUAAAGAGUAA